AUGCCGACAACUCGUUCCCGGGGGAGCGUGGAGCGGCGAAGAGCGCUGGAACAGCCGGACCUGCAGGUGCUGCCGCCGCACGUAUGGGCGACGCUAGGCGGGCUGGGAGUGGCGGCGACGGUGGGUCUGUUCGGCGUGCUGGGGCUGAUCACGGAGUGGGAGGUGCCUGGCCUGCCGCACUUGUUCGUCGGCAUGCUCGUCUUCGCGCUCGUGCUCUACCUGCUCAUGCUGCCCAUCUCGUGGUCGCAGCUACCACAGUCGUGGAAGGCGCGGUUCAAGUGGAGGGCGCGCGCACGGCAGCAGCAACAGGACAUGGACCCGCCCCCCUGGUCGCUCACGGCCGCCGCCGUGUGCAGAGCGCUGCACGUGGUGCGCGACGUGGGGCUGCACAAGGAGGUGGCGCAGGCGCGGCUGGCGCGGCACGGCGUGAACGAGAUCGAGUCGCUGCCCGUGCCCACCUUCCUCGCCUUCCUCAUCCCCGCCGUCUACACCCCCACCAGAGUCACUGCUGCUGCUGAUGCUGCUCGUGCUCUUCACAGCGCUCUGCUCGUGGUCAGAGGCGCUAGUGGGAGUGGCGUGCACGCUGCUGCUGCUGCUGCUGGACACACGGCUGCUCGUGCCAGGGGAUAUCGUGCUGCUGCGCCCCGGCAUGGAGGUGCCAGCGGACGUGCGGCUACUGCACUGCAGCCUGCUCGAGAUCGACGAGUCGGCCGUGUCAGACGAGUGGGAGGCGGCGCCGUGCCCCAAGGACGCAGCUGCCAUCAUCAGCGGCCGCAUCUCUCCCUCACUCCGCUCCCCACUUCACCCUUCCCUCCUCCCCCUCUUCCACCCUUUCUUCCCGUUCCUAUCUCCCCCCUACCCUCCUUCCCCCUUUCCCCCUUUCCCGUCCGCCCUGCCCCUUUUCCCCCGCCAUCCCCCCACCAGGAGGUGCCAGCGGACGUGCGGCUGCUGCACUGCAGCCUUCUGGAAAUCGACGAGUCAGCCGUGUCAGGCGAGUGGGAGGCGGCGCCCUGCCCCAAGGACGCAGCAGCCAUCAUAUCGGGCCGCACCACGGCCGUAGACUGCGCCAACAUCGCCCUCGCAGGCACCAUUGUCACCUGCGGGUACGGCUCUGGAGUCGUGUUCCGCACAGGGAAGAACACGGAGAUUGGCAGAAAGAUUGCAGCAGCGGCCAAGCACCACAGGAGCAGGUUGUUGGGUGGGGCCGGGGAGGUCUCCCCGCUGCUGUCGCUGCUGCGGGGUGCUGCUCGUUGGUUGACGCUCGUGGCGGUGGUUUUCACGCUUGUGGUUGCCGGGCUGGGUGUGUACCGGGCUGUUGAUUGGCAGACGAUUCUGCUAACGUCGCUCGCGUUUUUCUUCGCCGCGCUGCCCGAGAACCUGCCCGCGAUCUUCUACUCCACCCUCGGCACGGGCAGCCAGCGGCUCGUGCAAAACGAGAUCUUUUUCAAGGAGCUGAGUGCGGUUGAGAACCUCUCGUACGUCGACACGAUCCUAACAGACAAGUCCGGGAGCUUAACAGAAGAACGGCUGGACCUCCAGGGGUUACUGGUAGCAUCAACAGCCAUAGGCGUGGAAGAACUAGCAGUUGCCACACGGGAGAUGCCCAAGGGGGGGCCGUUAGCGGCUGAAGGAGGGAUGGAGGCCCUAGGAAAAAUGUUGGAGGCGUGGGUGUUUAUGUCUGACAUGGGGGAUGAUCUUCUGGCGGAGAAUCUAGGGGGAAGCGCUGGGGGGAGGGGAGCGGGCGGAGUAGGCGCGCAGAGGGGUGCGGAGAAGGAUGCUGAGUUUCUGGCAGCCAUUGCGAAAGAAGCAAAGGAAGCAGGAGCAGGUGACGUGAGUGUGGAUGUGCGAGCAGGAGGCGAGGAGGAGCAGAGCGAAUCGCUCCUCGAAUCAGGCCGGAAAGCCGGCGAUCCAACCCCAGACGUGGCCGCGCGAGGAGGCCACGUGGACGCUCUGGAUUGGGCGAUUUUAGGCGUGGUGGGCGGGCCGUCGGUGCUGACGAGCCUGCCGUAUGAAGGGCUGGAAGGGGUUGAAGCAGAGGUGGCAGCAGCAACAGCAGCGACGACAACAACCAAGGGGCUGCGGCCGCUGCAUGAUCUCCUGCGGCGGUGUUACGAGGCGAAGGCGGCGGCGAGGAGGCUGACGGAUACCCCGUAUGAGUCGAGCCUGAAGUGUGCCGUGCGCACGUAUGCGGACGUGCGGACCGUGGUGGGGGGCGCAGGCGGCGUGGGGGUGACGAGAGGCAAGUCGGUUCAGAAGAAGCUGUUGGCUCUGGGGAAGAGAGUGGCUGAUGCAAGUGGCCAGCUUGGGGCGGAUACACAGGCCAGCGCCGCCACUGGCAGGGGCAGCGGCAAUGGCAGUGGGGUGUGUGAGCUGCGGCAGCGGGUGUUUGUGCGGGGGCCACCAGAGGUGCUGCUGCAGCAGUGCGGCACCAUUCUGCACCGCGGCGAACCGGCUUCCAUCACGUCGUCCCGCGCCACCAUCCAGGAGCAGAUCAACGAGCUCACUGAGCAAGGCCUGGUGCUCGUAGCAUACGCAUCGGGUGACAUGCUGGUGGACAGCCCGCGGGCAUCCUCGCGCCCGGCCAUCCUGGCAUGCAUCCACGACUGCACCUUCCUGGGGGUGGUGCUCGCAGCCGAGUCCCCUCGCCCCGGAGUGAACGUCGCUGUGAGGAGCUGCCAGCAGGGCGGGGUGCGGCCUGUGGUGGUCACAGGGGAUCAUGUGGCGACGGCUGCUGCCCUCGCCAAGGCUGUGGGGCUGUGUAAGGGCGGACAGCAACCAGGGGCAGCACCAGAGGUGGUAUCAUGCGUGGAGAAGCCAGCAGCGCAGACGCCACAGGAGGAGCUGAGCGCGCUGGUGCAGGCCACCUCUGUGUUCGCGCGUGCCUCGCCCAUUGACCGCCUCUGCAUCCUCGAGGCCCUCCAGGCCAAUGGCGCAUUUGUCGCCGCCUGUGGCACAGGCAUUGUGGACGCACCUGUGGUAGCAGAGGCAGAUGUGGGGCUGGCGGUGGGAGCGGCACCGGACGUGGUGAGGGAUGCAGCAGCCGUGGUGGUGCUGGACGGGUCCUUCGGUGCAGUGCGCUUCCUGCUGGAGGAGGGGCGAGGGCUGCUGCUCAACCUGCGCAAGGCCACUGCGCUCAGCCUUGGCACGCGCCUGGGGCUUGCUCUCGUCAUGCUCACUGGCACGCUCUGGGUCAACUACCCACUACAGCCCGCACAGAUCAUCAUAGCAGCGGUGUUCCUCAACGCAGCCUCGCUCUUCUCCUACACUAUUGAGCUGCCAGACGCAGACACCAUGCUGCACCCCCCGCGCCGUUGCACCCAGCCCUUCUUCGACGUGCCCCUCCUCUCCCUCUCCGCUGCGGCCACUGUCGCCACAGUCACAGCUAGCCUGCUCGCCCUCGCGUUUUCCCUCCGCACGGCGCCGCAGGGAGACACGCAGACAGUGGUGUUUGUCGCGUGGCUGCUCUCCUCCUGCCUUGUGGGUUUCCACAUGCGCACGUUCUCCCAGCCGCUCUUCAGCAAGGGGCUUGGGUCUAACUCGCUCGUGCUGCUCUGGCUUCUCGCCGUCGUGGUCUUCUGUGUGCUGCUUGGCGUGUUCCCGUGGCUUCAAAAGGCCGUGCAAGUGGUGAGCCUAACUCCCACGGAUUGGGGGAUCAUGGCGGCGAUUGCUGUGAUUGGUACGGUGUGGAUCGACCUGUGCAAGCUUCUGGUGGUGAAGUCGAGAGAACAUGGGUACGAGGUGCCGAGUAUGCCUGUGCCUGUGGGGGGGCGGGGAGGGGGCGCACGUGGAGAUGUUGGGGUGGCGCCGCUGCUGCCGUCCACGGCACUCAAGAGUGAUGUCGAAAUGACAUGA